GGACCGGUUGCCCGGGUGACGGCGGGCUCGGGUUCCGGUUCCGGGGCGCGGAGCGCAGCGCAUGUGGUGGGAGAUGCGGCCACUGACGGACGAGGAGACGCGGCUGUUGUUCGAGAAACUGGCCAAAUAUAUUGGACAGAAUAUUAAGUUACUAGUGGAUCGACCCGAUGGAACCUAUUGCUUCCGCUUGCACAACAAUCGUGUUUAUUAUGUAAGCGAGAAAAUCCUAAAAUUGGCAACAAAUAUUGCUCGAGACAAACUUGUUUCACUUGGAACCUGCUUUGGGAAAUUCACCAAAACAUUAAAAUUCCGUCUUCACAUUACUGCACUUGACUACUUGGCUCCUUAUGCUAAGUACAAAGUGUGGGUGAAACCUGGAACAGAACAAUCUUUCUUGUAUGGAAACCAUAUACUGAAAUCUGGUUUGGGUCGAAUUACAGAAAAUACAGCCCAAUACCAGGGUGUUGUUGUAUACUCCAUGGCUGAUAUUCCCUUGGGUUUUGGUGUUGCUGCAAAAUCGACUCAGGAUUGUCGGAAGGUCGACCCUAUGGCAAUCGUUGUGUUUCAUCAGGCUGAUAUUGGUGAAUAUAUUCGACAUGAAGACUCGUUGACAUAAUUCAUCACAAAGACUAUUUUAACCUCAAAUCAAGAUUAUGAACUAGCCUUAGUCAUUCUUUCGGCAUUCUCUGCAAAAAUGCGUGGGUUCUGAUAGAUUAAGAUUCAAUUUGCGUUCAUAAUCAAUAUCAAUUUGCAGGUGUAUUGACAUUAAGUGGUAUAUCUUGUAAAACUAACAAGUUGUUCUUGAGAACUAUUAAAAGGUUGUAAAUAAGCACACAAAUAUUACUGGUAAUUAAGGUUUUUGGUUUUUUUGUUCGAUUUUAAAUUGAAUGUGUCAGCUCAUUGGAUCAUUUGACAAAACUUUGAUGUUUAAGAAGGAACUGCAGAUGCUGGAAAAUCGAAGGUUGACAAAUUGCUGGAGAAACUCAGCGGGUGCAGCAGCAUCUAGGGAGCAAAGGAAACAGGCAACGUUUCGGGCCGAAACGUUGCCUAUUUCCUUCGCUCCAUAGAUGCUGCCGCACCUGCUGAGUUUCUCCAGCACAUUUGACAAAACUUUGACCCUUGUGCUCCAAAAUCAUCUCUUUAAUAUAAUGUUUUCAAUUGUCAUCAAUUAUGUUUAACAGAUGAAAGAAAAUCUAGUUUAGAAGGGGCACUAGAUUUUAAUUACCAAUUUUAAUCAUCACUUCUGAUGAGCUUCACUGAGAAACAGAAUAUGAAAACUUACCCAUUGUAUUUUAUCUGGAGAUAAUGGAUCAUUGUGAAAAUACCUGAUUAUUGCCGUCUGUAUCUGGUUUUGCUUUGAGUAACUCCACUUCUGCCUUGGAUUGAAGGCUAUUCGGGAUGGACAAUAUAUACCAGUGUUGCUAUUGACCUCUGUAUCCUGUAAACAAAUAAACUUUAUAUAAAUGUUACGUUUA